AAAAAUUAGAUUAACUUCCCCUUAAGCCACAGACUAUGAUCUCUAAGUCUGCGCCUGGAACACCCCAAGAAUGAAUGAAAGAGGAAAGAAUUCAUUUAACCCAGGAAAAUUACUCACAACCGCCUUGUGUGGCAGAGAUGUGGAGAAAGUUUCUUUCAUGUACACACCGUAGAUAACACUUCAAGAAGUGUCUCUGGAAAUAGGCCUGGCCAAAGACCAGCAUUUGGAAAUAAAUGGAUUCACUCAGAGGACUUCAUGUUUGCUAAUACUGAAGAGGCGAUCAAAAUUACUACAGAUACAGAUUCUGAGGAAAUAGCUCUCAGUGACAGUCCAGAUUCACCUGACUCAAAAGACAGCUCCACAGAUUAUGGCCCAAUAAACAGGAUGGUAGAAGGAAGGAGGAAAAGAAAGCGAGGUGCUACAACGGUGUGGAAAAGAAGAAAGUCAAAUAAAGCUAAAACUGAUCAUGUGUCUGCAGAUUGUAAUCACAGUGAAAGUGACACUUGUGACAUCAUUUCAGCAUCAGAAUCUGAAGGUGAUGAUGCAAAGAAAGAAAUAGACAGUGAAAAAGCAGCAGCUUCUUCAGGAGAGAUUCCACCAGAUCAACAGAUCGAGUUUGCACUCUCACCAGUCCACCUGAAACCAGUCUCUCCAGAAAAUGAGACUGGGUCUGCUCAUGAGACAAAAUGCCAUACUACACCAGAAAGAGACUCCUCACCCCAAAGGUUGGUAGAUGGUGGGACUCCAAAAUCAGCAGUUGUUCUUCAUCACAAGCAAUAACCCAAGAGAGUGAUGCGUCACCAGUUACUUCAGGACUAAAAUUGAGUGAAUGGGUCAAACAUAUGCAUUGGCAGACUACACCCAACAAAAAUUUGCAACCUACUUCCCCAGAGGCAGAGGUGGACUCCACUAAAAAGAAAAAGAAGCAAUUCAAGAAACAUUCUAAGGGUGGCUUGGCAGAACAACUGGAACGUUUGAUGUCAAGGGAGAAAUCAGCAAACCAUAUAUGGCUACAUCAGCAAGCUACAGGUGAAGGUUUGCAAGGUCCCUGGGCUCGGUAUCUGACAGUGAAAAUCACAAACCUGGAGACAGUUUAUUCCUUACAUGUUGCUCGCUGUGUUGUCUUAGAAAGCUCUGCUGACAAAAGUCUGCCAGGUGUAGAGUGCAAGGUGCUGUUCUCUCAUCUUGGUGGUCAACAGUUAUCCUUGGUUAGACCAGGUGCAACAGUCAAGAUAUUUCCUCCAUGGCAGCAGCUGUCAUUACCAAAUGAGGAAAUUCUAUUUUGCAACCGGUAUCUUCUUGACACUUAUCCACCAUCUGGAAACAAGUGCUUACAAGUCCAAGAACAGCAAAGCCUGGUCCAAAUGAGAGCAUAUCUAUGGCAGGUGGACAUGUCCUUGCUUAAAAGCAGAUAGCAGAAUUAAGGCAGCAGAUUGUCAAGCACACAAACAACCUUUCUUGAUAACUUCUUUGGAACAUCUGGGUUCAACCGAAAGUGAUGAAAAAAGAUCACUCUCAGAACAUAUGCUGCAUACAGUUGCAUGCAACAGCAAGUUCUUAAAGAAAUGUCUGAGAUUUGAUACAUUGUUAGAAGCAUUGAGAGGACGAAGGCCUGAAGACAAGAUCCUCCCCUCAUUCAAGGCCAUGGUGAUACGUGUUUUUCAUUGGAGAGAUUCAGAAACAAGCAAA